GCCAGGAGCGCCAUGCAGGCUCCAGGGAUCCGCCUUGCCCUGUGGCUUCUAACGUUUACCAUGCUCCUGACAAUGGUUUCUAGUAGCCUGGUUUUUCCUCCAGGAGUCCGAAGACAACUCUGUGAAAGCGGGCAUCUUGGAGCGAAAAGAAUAAUAUGCAACCAACCCGUAAAGAGAGGCUUCUGCCAGUUCAACUUCUACAGGUACUACUUCAACCCUGAGUCGGCCUUGUGCGAGCCCUUCCUCUUCAGCGGCUGUGGGGGCAACCGAAACAACUUUAAAAGCAAAUACCUCUGUGAAGUGCGUUGUAUUGACAUGGAGAAGGACUAAUCCAAACCCAGGAUCAGUAAGCGAAGGAUGAGAGGAGCGGCGCUGAGUUUAUGCAGAGUGAAUAAAGUGAAUAAAGUUGACAACAUUUAGAA